CAAACUUGGCUCAGAUAAGAACGCAAAAAAGAACCAAGCACAGGAACUAAACCAACACAAAUCGUGUUCAGUGAACAAGCAAGAUGGUUUUAGAGACUAUUUCGAGGAUAAUAAAAAUCCAGCUGCCAGCUUACCUCAAGAAGCUCCCGCUUCCAGAAAGCAUCGGCGGCUUUGCGAGGUUAACGGUGUCUGAGUGGCUUCGCUUGCUACCUCUCCUGGGCAUCCUGGCAUUGCUGGGCUAUCUAACCAUCCGUCCAUUCCUGCCGAAGACGAAGAAACAGAAAGACAGCCUGAUCAACUUAAAGAUCCAGAAGGAGAACCCCAAAGUGGUCAAUGAGAUUGACAUCGAGGAUCUGAAGAGCACGAACAUGUGUUACUGUCGCUGCUGGCGCUCCAAGACUUUUCCUGUUUGUGACAAGUCACACUUAAAACACAAUGAGCUCACUGGAGACAACGUGGGACCUCUCAUACUGAAAAAGAAGAUUCUAUAAGACACCAUUAACCACUGAUGGGAAUUGUCUUCUCACCUCUGCACUCUUUAUAUUUGGCAUAUGUACUACAUAUGUACUCCUCUGCCUUGUAGUGCUGUGUUGACAAACUAGAUGCUGGUCACAAAUGUGGAUUUAAGGCCUGAUUUGGGACCUAAAAAUCAGAUUUCCAACUUAAACUGUUUUAUGUAUGUUCUCAUGAGGAAGAGCUGACACAUUUGGCCUUUUGUUUGUUUAUGUUGGUGUCUGCAGUUCUUUUCUGAAGCUAGUCCCUCACUACACAAUGAUGUGAUAGGAACGCGUGUUUUGCCAUGAUCGUACAGAAAUGUCCUAUUGCAAGGUGUACGGAGGACCUGAGUUACGACUGAACAUUUUGGUGAGAUGAGACGCCAACGCAGCAUUUCGCGCAUCUUCGAAAUUUCUGCGAAGCAGAUGCCGCUGUAUUUCCUGUAUGACACCAUAACAUACAUUGCUUGAUGCUAUGUAGAUGUUAAUUUAUCCAGAAAGCAUUUACAGGGCUGCACUUUUUCCACAUUUUUUUAUGUUACAGCCUUAUUCCAAAAUAGAUUCAAUUUAUUUUUUCCUCAAAGUUCUACACACAAUAUCCCAUAAUGAAAUUUU